AUGCCCAACGGCGUAAACAACCCAUCCGGCAUCUUAUUUACCGCAACUGGCCCAUUGUUCAUAAUAUUCGCACCUCUCGCAUCUGCAAUCACAGCACCCAAUGGCAUCAUUCAAAAUGCCAUAUCCACCAUGCUCAGGCUGGUUGGCGGUGACAUAACAUCUGAUCGCGCAAUCCCUGCGCUUGCCCUUCUUUACGGGUUCUGGACUUUCGCCGGCAGUGGCGCUCUGUCCAUCGCCGGGCAAGCCAUGGCCAGAACAGCGGGUUACGACAAUGCUAACCCUCGCAAGCACCGCGCGAGCUUGGACGGCCUCCCAUUGCGCCUGGUAUCCGCCCAUAGUGCGCUGAUGGAGAUCUUCCCUCUAUUUGCGGUUACAGCGUGUCUCGCCCAGGUGAUUGCGCCCGGAGAUCAACAGAUCCGGAACCUCGUGGGUCUUCAUGUGAUCUUGAAAACCUUCGCUUAUUAUCCUGGAUAUCUUACUGGCAUUCCCCGAUUGAGAUCAGUGUCACACGUGCUUUCGAUUUCGGCCCUUUUCAGGACUCUUUGGUUGCUCACGAUGUAA